CGCCGCCGCCUUUGCUUGUCGCUUCAGAGACGGGGAGGGGGCUUGGGGCGAUCUCCUCUUCUCUCCAUCGCCAGUCGUGGGGGAUAUUUCCACCCAGCUGCUUUUAAAGCACCUAUUUCUGUCUAUUCCACCCGCAUCUUCUCUCCCACCUCUUCCUCUCUCUAGCACACACACGCAGACACACACCGUGUUGAUCUCGAGCUCUUUGGAAUUUUUUAUUUAUUUUUUUUUUGCUCUUGUGACAGGCGUCUGGCUCUCCCAGGCUGAACGAAGGACAAGCCGCACGCCUCUGAGCCCGGCGUGCGGGGUCUGGAUCGGGGAUGAGCAGCAGGCGCCUGGCUGGAUCUCAGCCUCAUGCUCCAUCCAAGAGGGGCAGGGAGGAGAUCCCUCGAAACGCAGAAGACCAGCACCUGAGGAGCCCACGGGGUCCCCCUCCUCUGGUGUGGAGAGCCCGGUUCCUGUAGAGAAGGGGCAGCCCUUCCCCCUGCAUGCCUCCGGCCCCCUAGCUCCAGGGGAGUGUGAGCGACACCUUUGCCUUCUUUCUCCCUCUGCCUUGCCUUCCCCUCCGGUUGGCUGCCCACGAUACCAUGCAUCAUUAUGAGGAUGUGUGACAGAGGUAUCCAGAUGCUGAUCACCACCCUGGGAGCCUUUGCAGCGUUCAGCCUCAUGACCAUCGCGGUGGGCACAGACUAUUGGCUGUACUCCAGGGGGGUGUGCAGGACUAAGUCCACAAACGACAAUGACACCAGCAGGAAAAACGAAGAAGUCAUGACCCACUCGGGCUUGUGGAGGACCUGCUGCUUGGAAGGGACGUUCAGAGGAAUCUGUAAGCAAAUCAAUCAUUUCCCAGAGGAUGCUGACUAUGAACAGGAUGCAGCUGAAUACCUCCUGCGUGCAGUGAGAGCAUCCAGUAUCUUCCCCAUCUUGAGUGUGGGUCUGCUGUUCUUCGGAGGUCUCUGUGUGGCAGCCAGUGAGUUCUACAAGAGCAAACUCAACGUCAUCUUGAGUGCAGGGAUUUUUUUUGUAUCGGCAGGGCUAAGCAACAUCAUCGGGAUUAUCGUUUACAUCUCUGCCAACGCUGGGGACCCUGGGCAGAGCGACUCCAAGAAGAGUUACUCCUACGGCUGGUCCUUCUACUUCGGGGCCUUAUCCUUCAUCAUUGCUGAGAUGGUGGGGGUGAUUGCCGUCCACAUGUACAUCGAGAAGCACCGCCAGAUCCGAGCCAAAACCCAUUCCGUGGCGCUGCUGAAGAAGUCCACCUUUGCCCGCUUGCCUACCUACCGGUACCGGUUCCGAAGGAGAUCCAGCUCCCGCUCCACGGAGCCCAGGUCCAGGGACCUGUCCCCCAUCGGCAAAGGCUUCAACACCAUCCCGUCCACCGACAUCUCCAUGUUCACCCUCUCCAGGGAUCCUUCCAAGCUGACUAUUGGGACACUGCUCAACUCAGAGAGAGAUCACGGGUUUUUACAGAUUCACAACUCCCUCCCCAAAGAGUUCAAGGAGUCCUUACACAACAAUCCAGGCAACAGACGAACCACGCCAGUCUGAGGCCAGCCACACCCCUGGUUGGCUGAGAGUCCUGGCAGUCAGAGCUGCCCUGCUGGCUGCCAUGUAUAGAGGUGUAUCGUUGAGACUGCAUGACAUGACCCGCCCCCUGUGAUGGUGUAACCAGUGAAACUUUGUUUUUCAGAAGAAACCCUCUGCGGGGGUCCUGCCCCUCAUGGGCAACCUGGGUUGAGGACUUCGUUUUUUCCAUUUCGUUUUUGAAAUCCUCGAAUCUCCACUUGCUAAGCCCGAGCGGUUGUGGCUUUGGUUUGACUGCCGCUGAGCCUCCCCAAUUCCCAAACCUCUCCUUCUUUGAGCAAGAACAGACAUUGUAGCUUUGCCACAUGCACAGCAAAAGGGGUUCCCAUUGGACUGCCAGGAGGCCCCAUCAGGAAUGUAGGGAGCACCCCAUGGCUAUUGGUCCCCCCACGGAAAUCCCACUUGCGCGCUGUGGUCAUCCCGAAAUCACCUCUGUGGGAAAUCUCCAAGCACGAAACGGCAAACCUGAGUGUGUUUGAGGAGACUGUGACCAUUGUCCCUUCUUCCAUCCGGAUUGUAUUGAGUGAUGCUGGGGGGGGUUGGGGUGGGGGCUGUCUGUUUUUGUGUGCAUGCAUUAAAUAGCUUGGAAUCCCAUUUCCUGCCAUGUGGUUAGAAGAGAUGGCCCGGAGCCAUUUCUGUGGGUUUAGGGAGGGCUCUGUGUUUUUCUCGCAUCUUCAACGCUCCCAUCAAGGACUCCGGGUCAGGUGGGGAGAGGCAAAUGCUCCCCCUCCUCCAUCUCUCCCAAGGUGCUGGUCGUCAUCUGCCAUCUGUGGGUCAGCUUUUGACAUUGCAGGUAGGAUGAGCUCACUCUCUCAUGCCCAGAGGUAGAUCUCUGGACACCAUUGAAGAUUAUGUGUGGUUGAGUUUGCAAUCUGCUUUUCCAGCUGCAGCACCAGUCUAUGUCCUGUACAGAUGGGCGGUCGAUAUCUGGAAUGUUUGAAAGGUCCAAGGAAAGCAAAUAUAUACCAAUAAAACACAUUCGGAUCAGCA